AUGUCAACCGUCCAAAGUAAUACCUUAAUACCCAACCCAACUAAGACAACUAUUCCAGCAUCAAAGCUACGCCGCCAACCAGCGAACUCUAUUUUCAACGACAAUAGCUCUCAGGACGACCAGACAGAAGACUCACCCCCAAAUGGAGGUUACGGCUGGGUUUGCACAGUAGCAGCAGCAGUGGUCAAUGGCCAUUCAUGGGGGUUCAACUCGGCAUACGCCGUCUUUCUGGCAUACUAUCUGGAACACGACAUCUUUCCAGGUUCAUCACCACUGGAGUACGCCUUCGUCACGAGUUUAAGCCUCACUUGUCUCCUACUUGUCUCCCCUGUCGCAACAAAAUGUGUUCAGAGGUACGGGAUCAGGCCCACGAUGUUCUGCGGAGUUGUUCUCGAAACAACCAGCCUCCUUUUGGCCAGUCUAUCAUCGGAGAUAUGGCAUCUUUUCUUGACCCAAGGAGUGUUAUUUGGCAUCGGAGUUGGUCUCCUUUUCAUCCCUACCGCGGCUGUCGUUCCACAAUGGUUCACCACGAAAAGAUCGUUAGCCGCCGGUAUCUCGCUUUCAGGCGCAGGGCUCGGCGGGGGAGUGUAUGCCCUUGCCGCGGGUGCGAUGAUAAGAAGCCUGGGUCUCCAGUGGACGUUUCGAACUUUGGGAAUCAUCGGCUUUUGCGUCAACACAACCUGCACGAUUUUGAUACGCGACCGUAAAAAAGCGACUGAUUCGAAACAAUCUACUUUCGAACUUGCGCUUUUCAAGAAGGCAGAGUAUCUUCUACUCCUCGGGUUCGGCGGUUUCACAAUGUUGGGAUACUUCGUCCUCAUCUUCAGUCUCGCAAGCUACGCAACUGAGAUUGGCUUGCCGGCCUCCGACGGCGCCCUCAUCAGCGCCCUUUUCAACUUCGCGCAGGCUAUUGGCCGACCGUUGAUUGGAUACUUCAGCGAUAGCCUCGGGCGGAUGAAUAUGGCUGCGUCAAUGACGCUCCUUGCUGGUAUACUCUCUCUCGCAGUCUGGGCCAAUGCGAAAAGCUUCGGACUUCUAGUCUUCUUCGCCGUCGCCGAGGGGCUGGUUGCAGGGAACUUCUGGGCUACCAUUGCACCGCUGAUGGCCGAAGUUCUCGGGUUGAGCCAUGUUCCGUCUGGCUUGAACCUGAUGUGGCUAAGCAUGGUGCUACCUGCAACGUUUAACUGCGUAGCAUGGAGGAAGGUCUAG